AUGUAGUUUAUUUUACAAUCGUAUGAACGCGUUUGUGAAGAACUGGAACUACAUUUCCCGUGAUGCUUAACAUUUCGCGCGAAUACGUUUUUGAGAACUUCCGGGCUGAAAAUAUCCGUGUGUAUGUGUGUACGUUCUCGUUUGUCUGUGUCGGUAGAUGUGAGCACAGGGGACGUAAUCAACAUGACGUCAUCAGGAAAUACAAUAGAUGAUGAGGACACGUUUAAGAUCCUCGUCGCCACUGAUAUCCACCUGGGUUACCUGGAGAAGGAUGCCAUCAGAGGCAAUGACACGUUCGUUACGUUCAAAGAGAUCAUGAAGUGCGCAAAACAAAACGAUGUGGACUUGGUGUUGCUGGGUGGAGAUCUCUUCCAUGAAAACAAGCCUUCACGUAAAGCUCUGUACAGCUGCAUGGAGGUGAUGAGGAAGUACUGCAUGGGCGAUAAACCGAUCCUGUUCGAGAUCAUCAGCGAUCAGGCCGUCAACUUCGGGAACAGCAAGUUCCCGUGGGUGAACUACCAGGACAAGAACCUGAAUGUCUCCAUCCCUAUAUUCAGCAUUCACGGGAACCACGAUGAUCCGACCGGGCCUGGUGGUCUGUGUGUUCUGGACGUGUUGAGUUGUGCCGGUCUGGUGAAUCAUUUUGGACGCAGUCAUUCGGUGGAGAAAGUGGAGAUCAGUCCCAUACUACUGGAGAAAGGAAGCACCAAGAUCGCUCUGUACGGCCUCGGCUCGAUCCCGGAUGAGAGGCUGUUCCGGAUGUUUGUUAAUAAACAGGUGACUAUGCUCCGCCCCCGCGAGGACGAGAAAGCCUGGUUCAAUCUGUUAGUCAUCCAUCAGAACAGGAGUAAACACGGUGCCACUAACUACAUCCCCGAGCAGUUUCUGGACGAUUUCCUGGACCUGGUGAUUUGGGGCCACGAGCACGAGUGUAAAAUCACUCCGGUCCGAAACGAGCAGCAGCUUUUCUACGUUACGCAGCCGGGCAGCUCCGUCGUCACCUCACUGUCUCCAGGGGAAGCUGUCAAAAAGCACAUCGGCUUGCUCCGGGUGAAAGGCAGGAAGAUGAGCAUGCAGAAGAUUCCUCUACACACAGUGAGACAGUUCUUUAUUCAGGACGUGACUCUUUCGGAUUUCUUCAGCCCUGAGAUGCCCAACGUCACACAGAAAAUGCAGGCUUUCUGCAUGCAGAAGGUUGAAGAGAUGUUGGAGGAGGCAGAAAGAGAGAGACUCGGAAACCCGCUGACACCCGACAAACCUCUCGUCAGACUACGAGUGGACUACAGCGGAGGAUUUGAGUCGUUUAACACGACACACUUCAGUCAGAAGUUUUUAGAACGAGUCGCGAAUCCUAAAGACAUCCUGCAUUUCAUCCGACACCGAGAGAGUAAAGACAUGAAAGAGGAGAUUACAGAUUUCAGUUUACUCCUGUCUCGGCCGUCGUUUAACGUGCAGCACUUAAGAGUUGAGGAUCUCGUCAAGACAUACUUUCAGACUGCCGAGAAGAACAUGCAGAUGUCCCUGCUGACGGAGCAGGCCAUGAGCAAAGCCGUGCGGGAGUUCGUGGAUAAAGAUGAACGAGACGCCGUCGAGGAGGUCGUCAACUACCAGCUGGAGAAAACGCAGCGCUACCUCCGGGAACGACAGAUGGAAGUCACCGAGGAGAAGAUCGACGAGGAGAUUCGCCAAUAUAGAGACUCAAAGAAGAACACAGCAGAGGAGGAUGAAGAAGUGCAAGAGGCGAUUAAUCGGGCGAGAGCUAACAGAGACCGCCACGAUCCUGUAAGAGACGACGAUUUCAACCAGUUAGACGAAUUAUCCGAAGUCACCAUGGAUUCCGAUGAGGACGAUGCUCCGAUGCCGCCGGUUCGGGGAAGAGGGCGGGGCUCAAGAGCGAGAGGAGGGAGGGGCCAAAGUGGUGCAUCAAGAGGAACAGCACGAGGAGCUGGAUCUCAGGCAAGUCGAGGUGGGCAAGGCCAAAAAGCUGCUUUUUCAAGUCUGGGUAAAAGCAAGUCUAUAGUGGAUGCGCUGCAGGCUCCGAGAGGAUCCCGAGGUUCCACAAAAUCCUACGAGGAGGUGACUAUAGUGGAGAGCGACUCGGAGGACGAUGUGUCCUUUCUCAAGACGUCCCGGCCUGCACAGAAAUCCUCCUCUUUAUCCUCCUCCAGUAGGCGGGGCUCACAGAGCCUCAGCCAAUCAAGUAAAGGAGUUUGCUUUGAUGAGGAUGAUGAUGAUGAUGAGUUUGACCCGUUUAAGACAGCAGGUCGUCGGGGUAAAAGAUGACUGGAUACAGCUGACCUCCCUCCUCCUGUGCACCCAUCAUCCCUCCAUCACUCUCUCAUUUCUUUCUCGUUUCACUCCACCUGCUCCAUCAGUUUUUGUUCUGUGAGAGUUUACUGCAGCACGCACCUGCUUCUGUCCGAGUUCACUCGAAAGUUCCCUGAAAUUCGAGCGCAGACCUUCCAGCUUUCAGAUUAGAUUUUAAUCAUCGUCUCUCUCUCUCUCUCUCUCUCUCCCCCUCUCUUUAACCUGCACUCGCGGUCCCGUCCGGCUCUCCGGGACGUCUCUUUCUCAGACGCGUUCACGCUGAGAGCUGUGUUUAUGGAGGUCAGUGAGUACUUCAGGAUGUAUGAUGUGUUCGAUAUUAGAACUAAUUCAGCAUUUUUAAAGACUCGUGAUGAUCUCCUCGUGUUCUCUGACGGGUUUUAUCCGAAUCUGGACUCUGUUCGUGUAUGAAACCUCAUUCUCACUAAACUGCGUCACAUUUCCCUGCUCCUGCCUGGUGUGUGUUUUCUCUGUUCCAAUUUAUGUACAUAUAUACAAACAGUGAAUUCUCCGGUCUGAUUGGUCAGGAAGUUGGCGUCAUUUCUGUGUAACAGCUCGGCUCGGUCAGCGGAUCUGACAGGUUUAUGUUAACGCGCGCGUUCUGAUACGUUAUCGUUGCUAUAGUAACAGCUCACACACAGGGACGUGUACGGCGGACGCACCACUGAAUCGAACUAAUAAUAAACAGAUUGAAAAUGUUAGCUGUUGUUUAUCAAAAAUAAAAACACGUAUAAUCGUAGAUGUGGAAACAUUUAUUUAUUAACAUUCCUGGAAGGAGUCUCCAGUGUCAGCGCUUUGUAACAGUCACAGUGCGUUGCAAGGCAAAAUGACAAGCUGUGCUUUGUGUGUGUGUUUGUGUGUGUUUGUGUGUGUUUGUGUGUGUUUGUGUGUGUUUGUGUGUGUGUGAGUGUGUGUGAGUGUGCGUGAGUGUGCGUGAGUGUGCGUGAGUGUGCGUGUGUGAGAGAGGCUUAACUGUAAAGUGUUAAAAUGUGUGACGGGUCGUUCAUGAAUAAAAUAAACAUCGAAUCUCUGUGCUGUAAUCGGAAUAACACACUGCAGUCCUGCUGUUACAGGAAAAUUAUACACUUCACAUCCUGCCAUGUCUCUCUCACACACACACACACACACACACACACACACACACACACACGUUAUAAUCAUAGUUUAGUGUUAUUCCUCCACAUAGGCUAGUUUUGUUGAUAUUGUCCCUAAUCGUGAGGUGUGUCCACCCGGUUACGUUCAGAACAGAGAGGAACAAACACGCGGCAUGUAAACGUUCUCACGCCAGUCGUUUUGAAAUGUAGAAUA